AAAUGAAAGUCUGUGGGCUGACAUUUACACGCAUACAGUCCAUUGGCUGUCCUGAGGCGGGCCAGUCUGCUGUGUAGAAUGGGUUUUUCUUUCCUCUGGUCCUUGCUCCUCCUUGGUCUUCUCACUGGACCAGGGGCUUCCAGAGCCCCCAUGGUGGUAACUGGGACCCUGGGGGGCUCUGUCACUCUGCCUCUGCAGCUGCAGGAUGGACAGCAGGUGGAGAGCAUCUCCUGGGUAAGUCGCUCAGUCCCUGGGGCAAUAGCCACGGUAACCUUGGUAGAAGCUGGAGGACCAGACACCUUUCACCAGGCAGAAUCACGGUACUGGGGUCGUCUGAGUGUGGUGGGCCCAGACCACUCCCUGCAGAUCAGCCACCUGAAUUGGGCAGACGCGGGGUCCUACCGAGCCCACGUUAAUCUUCAGAGCUCCCGCCUCACCCACACCAGGGAGUACAGCUUGCACAUCUAUGAGCCGCUGGCCCAGCCCCGUGUCACAGUGAGCACCAGGAUUAGUGGGAAUGGACACUGCCUCAUCAUCCUGACAUGCGUGGCAGAAAGCAGAGGAGGCACUGUGACCUACAGCUGGGCGCCCCUGGGACCCCAGACUGCUGUGUCCCAUGGAGGGUCUGUCCUGAGUGUCAGCUUGCGGCCUGGGGACAGCGCGCUGAACUUCACCUGCACGGUCAAGAACCCAGUCAGUAACAGUAGCUCCCUUCCCAUCUUGGUGCCGCCUUCAUGCACAGAGAGACCGCAGGAGCCCAAAGUCACAGCCAGCUCUCAGAUCAUGAAGGAUGGGACCUGCUUCAUCACUCUGGCCUGUUCGCUGGACCAGGCUGGAGAGGAUGUUCAGUACAGCUGGGAUCCCCAAGGCCAGGGGGCAGUUGUGUCACACGGGGGCACCACUCUCAGCAUCUCCUGGAGAUCUGGGGUCAGCGAUAGCUAUCUCUGUACAGUCAAGAACCCCGUCAGCCAGAGCUCCAGCUCCAUCUCCGUCAAGCCCCUCUGCUCAGGUUCCUUCCUACCCUGCUGCCUGAGGAAAGAGUUUCUUCUCUUUUUGAUCCUGGGAGCUUUGCAGAUUAAACAGAUUUGAACUUGACAUGUGGAGAAGCCAAGAGUGGGAAUGUGAAAAGAAGGUCACUCUGUGAAACACAGAUAAGGAAGUCUACACAGAGAAAGAAAGAGGAAUGUGGCCUGAUACCCAAAUCUGCAGGUGUGAGAGAGAAACACUUGUACUGAUUAAAGCAGGAAACCUAUUUUGUUUGCAAACUGAGUUCAAAACAAUGAAGAAACAGCUACGUAUUUUCUGUUUAAAACCAUCUGCUUAUGUUUUGUUUAAUUGUGUUUUAAUGUGUUCAGAAAGAAAAAUUGAAUGGUUUGAAAUAUAAUGAUAAUAAAAUUGUUAAAUAUUGUG